AUGGUCGUUUCUUUCUCUAUGGACGAACAUGGCAUUCAAGCUCGAUUUACCAUUACGAUGGAUGAUGCUUACGACUACAAGAUAGGUGUGGAUGUUUUCGACCCUCAUACUGUCUUACCGGAGAUUUUGACACUCGGAGAUCAACUCUCGGCUGUCCUUCAAAAGAAACUGUCAAAUGACCAACAGAGAAUCUCCUACGCAAGAAUCUCCCGGCAAAUACAUGCGCAGUCCUUCGCAGUCAUCGUGAAAUCGUUCAAUAUGCUAAAGCUGCUUGUUACAUGA